AUGAGCUGCAUGUGCUCGGACACGAAGGGCGGGAAGCGCAACAGCGCGUUCGACAUGACGCCGAUGCAGGAGGCCAUUGAGAUCGUGCUGGCAAAGGCGCUGCCGCUGCAAACGACUGCGGUCCUGCUCCACGAGGCGCUUGGCUGCGUCGUGGCCGAGACCGUUCGCAGCAGCGAGCCGCUGCCGCCCUUCAGCGCCUCCGUCAUGGAUGGCUACGCCGUCGUGGCCAGCGAUGGCCUUGGCCAAUACCCAGUCCUCGAUCGCAUCGCCGCCGGUGACGCGCCAGGCAGCCAAGUGACGCCGGGGUGCGUGGCGUACGUGACGACGGGGUGUCCCUUGCCCGACGGUGCCGAUGCGGUCGUCAAGAUUGAAGACACGGAGGGCGUCUGUGACGCAAACGGCAACGAAGUCGCAAUCAAGGUCCUCCACGCGGUCUCGAGUGGCACGAAUAUCCGCCCCAUCGGCUUUGACAUGCAAAGCGGCGAGAUCGUCGUCGAAGCUGGCGAGGUUGUGACGCCCGCGAUCAUUGGUCUCUUGGCCACCGUCGGCGCCACGCACGUUCUCGUCCACCGCAAGCCCAUCGUUGGCGUGCUCUCGACGGGGUCGGAGCUCGUCGACGCCAGCGCGUCGAUCACUGGCGGCAAGAUCCGCGACAGCAACCGCCCCAUGCUGCUGGCGAGCAUGCGCGCGGCCGAUACCGUCGUUGUCGAUCUCGGCAUUUGCAGCGACGACAUGGACACCCUCCGAACGCGUAUCACGACUGUCUUGCCCGAUAUUGACAUUCUCAUCACGAGCGGCGGCGUCAGCAUGGGCGACCAUGAUCUCGUCAAGCCGCUGCUGCAGGAGCUCGGGACUGUCCACUUUGGUCGCAUCCACAUGAAGCCAGGAAAGCCGACGACGUUUGCGACGAUUCCGUCAACGUCGGGCCCGGCCAAGCUCGUGUUUGCGCUGCCGGGGAACCCCGUGUCGUGCCUCGUGACGUCGUGCUUGCUCGUCGCGCCCGUGCUCCGCAAGCUGCGGGGCGCCACGGCCUGCGCCCCGCUCACGUUCAAAGCCAAGAUGGCCCAUGCCCUCCCGCUGGACCAGGAGCGCCCCGAAUACCAUCGCGCCAACGUUGCAUGGAAUGCCCAAGCGCAGCAGUUUGUUGCGACGAGCACCGGUGUUCAGGCCAGCAGUCGCCUCCUGAGUUGCCGCUUUGCGAAUGCACUCUUGCACCUUCCAACGGGGCUCCGCUUGGACGAGGGCGCAUGGGACAUGGCUGCGCAGCAACCGGCCUUGCUGCCCGUCGCCCGGCCUGUCGCACCGGUGCCCCGGGCCACGGCUGCGCCGCGACUCUCCGUUCGCGCCUGUAUCUUGACGGUCAGCGACCGAGUGUCGCGUGGCGAGGCCGACGAUCGCAGUGGUCCGAUGAUGGCCAAGCUCCUCUCUGAACUCCCAGGACUGGACGUGACGCUUCUGGAAGCGGCGACGGUGCCCGACGAAGUCGAUGUGAUUCGCAGCACCGUCCAGCGCUGGUGCGACGACUUGCGCGUCAACCUCGUCUUUACGUCCGGCGGCACGGGCUUUAGCCCGCGGGAUCGAACCCCCGAGGCCAUCCAGCCACUCUUGGAGCGGGAGGCGCCGGGCCUUGUGUUCAAGAUCAUGCAAGCAUCGCUCCUCGUGACGCCGAUGGCGAUCCUCUCGCGCCCCAUUGCGGGGCUCCGCGGGCAAACUCUGAUUGUGACGCUCCCGGGCAAGCCGAACGCGGUGGCCGAGAACAUUGAGGCGAUUGCGACUGUCUUGCCCCACGCGUUGCACCUCCUCGCCGACCUGUCGCACGACCACCACAAGGGCAAGGCGUAA